CGUGGAGACGAUGGUUCUAGAAAAAGCGCCUCCGCUUCAUUGCGAGGGAAAAUUCAUCUGCUCCGGCGACGACGAGAAGGUGGUGAAUCUUGAUCCAAUAAGGCGUAGCAGCCACUUUGCACCUGCUUCGAGGUUUACUCUUGAUUUCUGAGCAUAUUUGGCAGCCAAAAUGAGCGUCGUGGGAUUUGACGUUGGGAACGAGAGCUGCAUUGUUGCGGUGGCAAGGCAACGCGGCAUCGAUGUGGUACUGAAUGAUGAAUCAAAGCGUGAGACCCCUGCCAUUGUCUGCUUCGGCGAGAAGCAGCGUUUUAUUGGGACUGCAGGUGCAGCAUCGUCUACUAUGAACCCUAAGAAUUCGGUCUCGCAGAUCAAGCGUCUUUUAGGUCGGAAGUUUUCGGAUCCUGCGGUACAGAGGGAUAUCCAGUCCUUCCCGUUUAAGGUAACUGAAGGACCAGAUGAGUCUCUAUUGAUCCAUGCAAACUACCUAGGUGAACUGAGGACAUUUACUCCGACCCAAGUUCUUGCGAUGAUUCUGUCCAACCUGAAGAGCAUUGCAGAGAAGAAUCUAAAUGCGGCAGUCGUUGAUUGUUGCAUUGGGAUUCCGGUCUACUUCAAUGAUCUUCAGAGGAGAGCGAUGUUGGAUGCUUCUACAAUAGCUGGCUUGCAUCCUCUACGUUUGUUCCAUGAGACAACUGCUACUGCGUUGGCCUAUGGUAUCUAUAAGACAGACUUGCCGGAGAAUGAUCAAAUUAAUGUGGCUUUUGUUGAUGCGGGACAUGCAAGCAUGCAGGUGUGCAUUGCUAGUUACAAGAAGGGGCAACUGAAGAUAUUGGCUCAUUCUUAUGAUCAGUCUCUCGGUGGGAGAGAUUUUGAUGAAGCUAUUUUUAAGUAUUUUGCUGCUAAGUUCAAGGAUGAAUACAAAAUUGACGUGUAUCAGAAUGCCAGGGCCUGUAUCAGGCUCCGAGCUGCAUGUGAGAAGCUAAAGAAGGUUCUCGGCGCAAACCCUGAGGCUCCAAUGAAUAUUGAGUGUCUGAUGGAUGAAAAGGACGUGAGGGGUUUUAUGAAGAGAGAAGAGUUUGAGCAGAUAAGCCUUCCCAUCUUGGAGCGGGUUAAAGGACCUUUGGAGAAAGCCCUUGCUGAAGCGAGGUUGGGUCAGGAGAAUAUUCAUUCUGUUGAAGUUGUUGGAUCAGGAUCGCGUAUUCCAGCUAUUAUCAAGAUUUUGACAGAUUUCUUUGGCAAAGAGCCUAGGCGUACCAUGAACGCAAGUGAGUGUGUCGCCCGUGGUUGUGCCCUUGAAUGUGCCAUUCUAAGUCCCACGUUCAAAGUGCGGGAAUUUCAGGUUCAUGAUAGUUUCCCUUUCUCGAUAGCCUUAUUGUGGAAAGAAACAGCAACUGACUCAGGGAGUGGUGGAACAGAAAACCAGCACUCUACAGCUGUUUUUCCAAAAGGGAACCCGAUUCCUAGUGUCAAAUCUCUUACAUUCUUUCGGUCUGGUACAUUUUCUGUUGAUGUUGUAUAUGCAGACGCAGGCGAUUCACAAAUUCCUGCAAAGAUCAGCACUGUCACGAUUGGGCCAUUCCAGUUAAGCGCUAGGGAGCGUGCUAAGGUGAAAGCGAAAGUACGCUUAAAUCUGCAUGGAAUUGUUUCAAUUGACUCAGCCACUGUUGAAUAUUCUAAAAAGAAAGCCAAGAAAACAAAUAUUCCUGCCGUUGAGACAGUCUAUGGUGCACUGUCAUCUGAUGAAUUGCAGAAGGCCAUCAAAAAGGAGUUUGAAAUGGCUCUUCAAGAUAGAGUGAUGGAAGAAACAAAAGACAGGAAAAAUGCUGUGGAGGCAUAUGUGUAUGACAUGCGGAACAAGCUUCACGAUAAGUACGAGGCAUUUGUAACAACAUCAGAGAAAGAUGAGCUUAUUGCAAAGCUUCAGGAAGUUGAGGAUUGGCUUUAUGAAGAUGGUGAAGACGAAACUAUGGGUGUUUAUGUUGCUAAACUUGAGGAACUUCGAAAGCAAGGUACCCCAAUUGAGGAGCGGUACAGCGAGUGGACAGAAAGGACUCCAGCAAUCGAUCAACUUGAUUAUUGCAUCAAUAGUUUCAGAGCCGCAGCUUUGUCUAACGAUUCCAAGUUGGACCACAUUGAACUUGCAGAGAAGCAGAAGGUGGUUAGUGAGUGUUGCGAAGCAGAAGCUUGGCUGCGCGAGAAGCAGCAGCAACAGGAUGCCUUGCCCAAAUACGCCAAUCCAGUUCUCCUCUCUGGCGAUAUCAAAAGAAAGACAGAAGCUUUGGACGAGUUUUGCAAACCGAUAAUGACUAAGCCGCAACCAGCUUCACCAAAAGGUCAGACCCCGGGUGAUCAAUCUCAAGCAUCCGAGUUGCAGAACCAAGGAGAGGAUGGACCGGUGGAGUCCAUGGCUCAUGAGGGCAGUCAAGUAUCUCCGGCCACGGAUGCUGAGCCAAUGGACACCGACUAGUCAGACAGUUCCCCAUAGGCGUAAAACAACUUUUUCAUCUUAUAGUGUUUGCUUGUAAUCGAUAUUCAGCAAAAGGAUCGAGUGGAGAUGAUAAGUCAAUGCAUCUGGAGAUCUCACAGAAACGUAUAUGGGAGUUUUUUUGCAUCUCCUGGAAUUUAGCAGUGUAGUCAACCAUACUCUACACUAAAUUUGUGACCUGUCCAGUCUUCAUCUAAAUAAAUAGUUGAAAGAUGCUUUCCUCUAAA